CGCGCAUGCGCCUUGGGCUGUUUGUUUAUUAUUAGUGCGCGGAGGGAAGAUGGCGGCGUCCUCCCUAGAACAGAAACUCUCUCGUCUGGAGGCGAAGCUCAAGCAGGAGAACAGAGAAGCGAGAAGGAGGAUCGAGCUGGAGAUCAGCCCGCAGCGUGCCCGGCCCAUUAUUCUCAUCACUCUAAGCCCCACGCCCGCUCCAUCCCAGAGAGCAGCUUUACAACUUCCUCUAGCCAAUGAUGGACACACUCGUCCUGACAACCCCACACACCAUCACACGUCCUUGCCAGUCCGACCACGGCAUAUGUUGAGCAUACCGCAAUCCAACUACCUGACACAGCGGAGCUUGGAGAGCACUGAAAUUGACCAGAAGCUGCAAGAAAUUAUUAAGCAGACUGGGUAUCUUGUAAUUGAUGGGCAGAAAUACCAGGCAGAUAUCAAUGACUUGGAAAAUUUGGGUGAAAUCGGCAGUGGGACGUGUGGACAAGUCUGGAAGAUGAGAUUUAAGAAGACUGGACACGUCAUUGCUGUGAAGCAAAUGCGUCGUUCUGGUAACAAGGAAGAGAAUAAAAGGAUCUUGAUGGACCUGGAUGUGGUGCUGAAGAGCCACGACUGCCCUUACAUUGUCCAGUGUUACGGCACCUUCAUUACAAAUACAGAUGUGUUCAUCGCGAUGGAGCUGAUGGGGACAUGUGCAGAAAAGCUGAAGAAGAGGAUUCAGGGGCCCAUCCCAGAGAGCAUCCUGGGAAAGAUGACGGUAGCGAUUGUGAAUGCUUUGUACUAUCUGAAGGAAAAGCAUGGCGUCAUACACAGGGAUGUCAAGCCUUCCAAUAUUUUGCUGGAUGCCAGUGGACAGAUUAAGCUUUGUGACUUCGGCAUAAGCGGUCGCCUAGUGGACUCCAAGGCCAAAACCAGAAGUGCGGGUUGUGCUGCUUACAUGGCGCCUGAGAGAAUUGAUCCUCCGGAUCCAACGAAACCAGACUAUGACAUCCGAGCAGAUGUGUGGAGUCUUGGGAUCUCAUUGGUGGAGUUGGCAACAGGGCAGUUCCCCUACAAGAACUGCAAGACAGACUUUGAAGUUCUCACCAAAGUUCUUCAAGAAGAACCUCCAGUUCUCCCCCAUAAUAUGGGCUUUUCACCUUUCUUUCAGUCUUUUGUCAAAGAUUGUCUUACUAAAGAUCACAGAAAGAGGCCAAAGUACAAUAAGCUUCUGGAGCACCCAUUUUUGCGUCAGUAUGAGACACAGGAGGUAGAUGUAGCUUCCUGGUUCCAGGACGUCAUGGCUCAGACAGAGUCUCCAAGAAGCAGCACCGUCCUCAGUCCCCAAAAUCUAUCUUUUUUCAGCAGGUAGCAUCUGGCAUGGGAGGGGAGGACUGCCCCCUCCCCACCAUCAUCUCCAGAUGUGGCUUUUAGACUCAAAAAUGGAUAAUCAUAUAUUAUGUGGUGUAUUGGGGAUUUUUCUGAACUUUCUUCCCGCAAGGGGAGGUCCACUCCCUCACCAUAUUUUUCCCCCUUUUCAACCUACCCCAAACACUUUGCAACCUGGAUUGAAGAAUCCCCUUUAUAUUAUGAGAUGUCAUCAAUCACACAUUACUGCCCUUCUUUCUUUAGGGACUCUGCAUCAGAGUUGGAAGAUUCUUGCAAGACCCCCACGUGUGGAAAGACGUACGUCUGAGCAUACCACCGUUGGUUGUUUUAUGAACUAUAUACUUUAGGCUUUCCUUCAGCAACUUUUAAGAUCUAGAAGCCUAUUCAUCUGGUCCUUAAUGAGGUUGUCACUUUCCAUGAUGGGGGUGCUCUAUAUAUAUUUAUUUAAUUAUAAACGUUUGGCAUGUCGUUGAGUCACACCACGACCACCAAGCCUUGGUUGCGAUAAAAGAAUGGACUCCGAUAUUCAGAUAUUUUAUUUUCCUGCUUCUGUUCCGUUGCCUUCAUAGCGCUACGUUAGUAUCUACUUUCUUUAGUGAGAUAAAACUAUUGGAAGACCACGAGUAAGUCUUAGGAGACAUUGCUUCUGACUAUGACAUUGAGACUUCAGUAGAAAUUGAAGAGGCUCCACUAUAGUCUCUACAAUGGAUGGCCAUCUUGCUCUUGGUGUCCUUGCCUUUAUUUAUGAACUACUUGUUAAGCUCUUCUUAUCCCUAUCAGAUAUGGCUAUGAAAUACCAAGGGUUCUUCAGGUAGGCUUUUAAUGGCCUCCAGCUUUAGCCUGAAAAUUAUCUAAUAUGUGAGCAAGAAAUUCACAGCACAGCGGAAGCAGAGCAACCUUUAGAGACUUGCUGCAGGUAGAUGUGGUGCACUGUAAUAUGCUGUGAAGACGUCUAUUUAUACGUGUAUCUGCUUAUGGUAACGGUAGUAUUUGAGGGAGAUAAAAAGAUUCUUUGGUGCUUCCACCACAAAGACUAAAAAUGGGGCAGAGGAGCGGUUCUUGCCGCUGCCCUCUGCUAGCUCAGGAUGACGUGGAUGAACCAACCAUGACUUGUAUAUGGUAUUCAUGUUUGCCGCAAGGUGAGGGACAGGUGUAAGUUAUUGAAAUCUUGGGCAUUUUUAAAAAAAAAUCCCCCCCCCCCCCCCCCCCUCCCCAAAAAAAAGAAAAGAAAGAUUGGAAAUUUGCACGUGAAAUUAGGGACAGGAACAGCAUUGUUCUAUGGCUGGUGCUACCACAGUUGAUUGCAUGUGAAGGUGGGAAAAGCGCAGAGGACGAUUUUCUAUGUGGAGGAAGUUUUUGCCAUGCGUCGUCUUGGCUACAGAGUUGAUGAUCAAGGUUCUGCGUGUCUUCAGGACUGUUCAUAUAAAUGGGUCUAUAGAUGCAGUUUUAAUGCAUUAUCCGUUAAACGCCAGAUCAAUUUGUGACUGCCUCCUUCCUAUGGGAGGGUGGAGCCAAGAGUUGUUGAAUGGGUGGGGAGGGGCUUAAUAUGACUGUACCAAAGCUACAUGGGGGGGAUUCUAUUGUGGAUUUCCCACCGGUUUUAAUGUCUGUAAUUAUAUUACUGCAGCAGUGUAGCAGCAUUGCCGUUGCACUGUCUUGUAGUGUGGGUGUGUGUAUGUGUGUUUCCUCAUUUAUUUCUCUUCCCCCAGCCCCCUCUCUUCUUUUCUCUUCUCUUUCUUUCUAUAUAUCCACUUUACUAUUCCUGUUGCAUGUGUCCAGCUGGCUUUUCUGCGGGAGGCCAUGUUUGAAAAAUAAACUCUGCUACAACACUC